AAUACAUGGUUACAUCAAGCAUGUUGAACAUGCCAGUAGUGUAGACGCGGUGCUCCAUGCCUGCAUGGGUGCUUGCUGCGAGUCUGUGUCUGCUACAAUGUCCAACUGUGUGGUUGCGACCGACUGCUGCGCGCAUCGAAACAGCUGUGCAGUUGCUAACCAAUGACAAUCGGAGGAAAUCUUUCGGAGUAUAGAUUCCCAAGCAGCCGUAUUUAUACACAACCUACACAUCAUCAAAGCAUCCCUUUUGCAAUGCCUGUCAGAACGCUUGGUUUUCCGUGAGCGUGAAGAUGCGUUGGUAUUCAAAGUCGUAUACCUGUAGGACAAGUCAUGGACUGAACAGGGUUUUGGACUCACUUGUGGAAUUUUAUGCUUGCCCGUGGCACGAUGCCUUAUCUGACUAAACCGCUGUUUUUACUCUUCUGUUUGGUCGUUACUGGGGAAUACCGUAGGCUUGGACACCGAGUACGGAGAUGGACGGAAACCGUGGAGACGGUAAAGCAUGGACCAGAGACCACAAAGCACGGCCCUUCCUUGACAAAGAAACCUCCAGAUGUGACCAAGAAUCGCAAGCUGAAGACAGAGCAGCUUCUGAAAGUAGAUGAUCAUGAUUUCACCAUGAGGCCGGCAUUUGGAGGCCCUGCUAUCCCAGUCGGAGUGGACGUACAGGUGGAAAGCCUGGAUAGCAUCUCAGAAGUAGACAUGGACUUCACCAUGACCCUGUACCUGAGACACUAUUGGAAGGACGAGCGUCUGUCCUUCACCAGCUCCACCAAUAAGAGCAUGACAUUUGACGGGCGUCUGGUCAAGAAGAUCUGGGUGCCCGAUGUGUUCUUCGUCCACUCCAAGAGAUCCUUCAUCCAUGACACCACCACAGUCAACAUCAUGCUCAGGGUCUUUCCUGACGGACACGUUCUGUAUAGCCUGAGGGUGACAGUGACAGCAGCCUGUAACAUGGACUUCAGCCGCUUCCCUUUGGACACCCAGUCCUGCUCCCUGGAGCUAGAGAGCUAUGCAUAUACGGAUGAGGACCUGAUGCUGUACUGGAAGAGUGGGGAUGAGUCCUUGAGUACGGAUGACCGUAUCUCCUUGUCUCAGUUCCUCAUCCAGAAGUUCCACACCACAUCUCGGCUGGCCUUCUACAGCAGUACUGGCUGGUACAACCGUCUGUACAUCAACUUCACCCUGCGGAGACACAUCUUCUUCUUCCUGCUUCAGACCUACUUCCCGGCUACCCUCAUGGUUAUGCUGUCCUGGGUGUCCUUCUGGAUUGACCGCAGGGCCGUCCCAGCUCGUGUCUCCCUGGGUAUCACCACAGUGCUCACCAUGUCCACCAUCAUCACUGGAGUCAACGCCUCCAUGCCCAGAGUGUCCUACAUCAAAGCAGUGGACAUCUACCUGUGGGUCAGCUUCGUGUUUGUCUUCCUGUCUGUCCUGGAGUACGCUGCUGUCAACUACCUGUCCACCGCACAGGACCGCAGGGAACGCAAGAUGAGGGACGAGAUGAGGGAAAGGGCCAGGUCACAGUCGCUGCCCUGCACCUGUGGCAUGUCCCAGACCAGGACCAUGCUAUUAGACGGGACCUACAGUGAGGCGGACACUAACAGCCUGGCCGGCUACACCUCAGGAACUAUGGGGCCCGAGGAGGACAUGGAUAUGCCCCGCGACAUGAUGACUGAGAAGCAGCCUCCUGGAGAACACACAGUGGUCCACCUGUCUGCCAGCAGCGAGUCAACGACAACCAAGAAGAAAGGCAUCAGGGCCCUCAAUAUUAUCCAGAAUACACACGCCAUCGACAAGUACUCCAGGAUGUUAUUCCCUGGCUCCUAUAUUCUAUUCAACAUAAUCUACUGGUGUUCAUACUGUAUAGGAGCGUAGGGUCUACUGUUUAGGAGUGUAGGGUCUAAUGUUUAGGAGUGUAGGGUCUAAUGUUUAGGAGCGUAGGGUCUAAUGUUUAGGAGUGUAGGGUCUAAUCUUUAGGUGCAGUAUUGGGCCUGGUCAAUAGUAGUGCACUAUCUAGGAAAUAGGGUGCCAUUUGGGAUUCAUCCCAUGUUCAUCAAAUGAAUGUGUUUAACACACUCAUCAAGGAGAAGAGAGACUGUAGUUGGUGUUUACAUGGACAUUUGGUACUAAUGACUAAUAUUUAGGAUGGACUUUUGGCACUGGUCUAUAUGAGACUGAUCUAUACUGAAAAAAUAUAUAAAUGCAACAUGCAACAAUUUCAACAAUUUUACUGAGUUACAGAAAUCCACCAAUUGAAAUUAAUUUCUUAUAUCCUAAUCUAUGGAUUUCACAUGACUGGGCAGGGGCACAGCCAUGGGUGGGCCUGGGAAGGCAUAGGCACACCCACUGGGGAGCCAGGCCCAGCCAAUCAGAAUGAGUUUUUCUCCACAAAAGGGCUUUAUUACAGACAUAAAUAUUCCUCAGUCCCAUCAGCUGCCUGGGUGGCUGAUCUCAGAUGAUCCCACAGGUGAAGAAGCUGGAUGUGGAGUUCCUGGGCUGGCGUGAUUACACGUGGUCUGCGUUUGUGAGGCCAGUUGGACGUACUGCCAAAUUCUCUAAAACGACGUUGGAGGCGGCUUAUGGUAGAGAAAUUAACAUUAAUUUCUCUGGCAACAGCUUUGGACAUUCCUGCAGUCAGCAUGACAAUUGAACGCUCCCUCAAAACUUAAGACAUCUGUGUUAUUGUGUUGUGUGACACAACUGCACAUUUUAGAGUGGCCUUUUAUUGUCCCCAGCACAAGGUGCACCUAUGUAAGUAUCAUGUUGUUUAAUCAACUUCUUGUUAUGCCUGUCAGGUGGAUGAAUUAUCUUGGCAAAGGAUAAAUGCUCACAAACAGGGAUGAUAUUUGUGCAUAUGGAAUAUUUCUGGGAUCUUUUAUUUCAGCUCAUGAAACAUGGGACCAACAAUUUACAUGUUGCGUUUAUAUUUUUGUUCAGUAUAUAUGGGUCUGUGCUUACUAUGUAUAUUAAGGUAAGUGUGACUCACUCGUGAAGGAUGAAAGAGAUGGCGAGCAUCUGAGAGACAGAGACUGAGUUCUAUGUGGAUAUUUGGCACAGAUGACAAGAGAAAAGCACUCGAGAGAGAGACGUUCUUCAUCAUCCCACUCUAGCUUUUGUGAAAUCCUCUUAAUGUAUUCCACAGCGUGAUUGAUUGCUCUGCAAGUGCGUAUCAGCGGUUGUUUAAAAACUAUUUUGUCCACAGAA